UAUGCUGAUUUGAAACGUGUUUUAAUUUAUAGCUUCCUUAAUAGUCAUUCCAAAGUGAUUUCCACGUGAGGUGUGUUCAGUUUGUCUAUAUACAAGUCUAAGUAUAGCAGGGGCCUCAUUUGUUGUUCAACUUUUAGGCUCUGAGGGACGCUGUUGGUCAGCAAAAAUAUUUUCUCUCUUCUGUCGUCAUUCAGUCCAUCCCCGACUGACUACACAGUGAAGAAGGCUCUUUCUGUUUUAUCGAGGUUCAGAGCGAACGUGUUCUCACACACUUGCAUAUAAACGUUGAAUACGUCUCUAAGUGUUACCAGGAAACGGAUUUCACAACCUGAUUUACCGUCAUAUCAGUUGGAUUUGCAUUCUUUGUUGCCACGAUGGCAACACGAGGAUUUCUCACCAGCAUAUCCGCAAGAUGGCUAUUGUUUUAUGGACUGCGACGGCAAAUAGGACUGCUUUUGUUGCUGCUUCAUGUUGUGAACAUGGUAGGUGGUCAGAUUCGUUAUUCUAUACCAGAAGAGAUGAAGAAAGGAUCUGUUAUUGGUAACGUUGCACAAGAUCUUGGUUUGGAUCUGAAAAGGCUCCGUUCUGGGCGGGCCCGUAUCGUCACCGGGGAAAAUAUCCAGUACACCGAGCUGAAGACAGACAAAGGGAUUCUUGUCGUGAAUGAGAGAAUAGACCGAGAGGAGCUCUGUGGAGACGUAACGCCGUGUAGCUUCAGCUUUGAGGUUAUUUUAGAAAAUCCAAUGGAGCUGCACAGAAUAACUGUGGAGGUUUUGGAUAUAAAUGAUCACGCUCCAGUCUUCAAAAAUAAAGACAGGCCCAUCAGUUUUGAAAUAAGUGAAUUAGCUGCAGUCGGAGUCCAGUUUCCACUGCAGAGUGCAGAGGAUCAAGAUGUGGGGCAAAACGCUUUGCAAAAUUAUGUUUUGUCACCAAACGACAAUUUUAUUUUGAAACAGCAUCCAAAUCCAGACGGAAGCAAACAUUGUGAAAUUGUGCUCCAGAAGCCUUUAGACAGAGAACAGCGUCCCAGUUUGUCUUUAAAAUUAAUCGCAGUUGACGGAGGAACUCCACAGCGAACAGGUACAGUGAAUAUAGAUAUUACCGUGUUAGAUGCUAACGACAACGUUCCGGUUUUUAACCAAUCCGUAUAUAAAGCAUCUGUGAUGGAAAACACGAUGAAAGGCACUAGUAUUGUUACAGUAAAUGCCACAGACGCGGACAGCGGUUCAAAUGGACUCAUUACUUAUAGUUUGUCUCAAAUGAAAGGGAGUGCAGCGGAUAUAUUUAAUAUUGAUGAAAUCACAGGAACAAUUUCUGUGGCUGGUCAAAUAGAUUAUGAAAAGGACAGAAAAUACGAGUUGAGGGUCGAGGCAAAGGAUCAGGGUGGCUUAAUCGGAACAAGUAAAGUUAUAAUUGAUGUUUUUGAUAUUAACGACAAUGCCCCAGUUAUAAAUAUUAUGUCAUUUUCCAGCCCUGUAUCUGAGGAUGCACCCCCUGAUACAACGAUUGCUAUUUUAAACAUAAAAGAUGCCGAUUCUGAGAAAAAUGGGCAAAUCAAAUGUUCCAUAGAUGUAAAACUUCCAUUUAAGAUCGAAUCAUCUUUAACAAACUAUUACAAUUUAAUCUCAGAUCAGUAUUUUGAUAGAGAAUCUGUCUCAGAAUAUAAUAUAACAAUAACAGCCACAGAUUUAGGGACUCCCCCUCUUUCCAGUUCAACAAAGCUACAUCUUAAAAUAUCUGACGUAAACGACAACCCACCAUUAUUUGAUAAAAACAGCUAUUCUGCUUAUAUCACAGAGAAUAACUCCCCCGGAGUUUCCAUAUUUGCUGUUAGUGCGCGAGACUCUGAUUGGAAUCAAAACGCGAGAAUCUCUUAUCUUUUAGAGGACACACAAGUCAGUGGUAGUCCAGUUUCUACUUAUGUGUCUUUAAACUCUGAAACUGGAGUGCUUAACGCGGUCCUUUCCUUUGAUUAUGAGCAAAUUAAACAGCUUCAGUUAAUCGUCAAAGCUCAGGAUGGAGGCUCCCCUCCACUCAGUAGCAAUGUGAGUGUGAAAAUAAUGAUCCAGGACCAGAACGACAACCCCCCUCAGGUUCUGUACCCAGUCCAGACUGGUGGCUCUCUGGUGGCUGAGAUGGUGCCUCGUUCAGCAGAUGUGGGCUAUCUGGUCACUAAAGUGGUGGCUGUUGAUGUGGACUCUGGACAGAAUGCCUGGCUCUCCUAUAAACUGCAGAAAGCCACAGACAGGGCGCUGUUUGAAGUGGGCUUACAGAAUGGAGAAAUAAGAACUAUCCGCCAAGUCACUGAUAAAGAUGCUGUGAAACAAAGACUGACUGUUAUAGUGGAGGACAACGGGCAGCCCUCUCGUUCAUCUACAGUCAUUGUUAAUGUGGCGGUGGCGGACAGCUUCCCUGAAGUGCUGUCGGAGUUCACUGACUUUACACACGACAAGGAGUACAAUGACAACCUGACUCUUUACUUAGUGUUGGCUUUGGCUGUAGUUUCCUUCCUCUUCAUCACGUGUUUAGUGGUUAUUAUAUCAGUGAAAGUCUACAGAUGGAGACAGUCUCGUGUCCUGUAUCACUCCAAUCUCCCUGUGAUUCCAUAUUAUCCUCCACGUUACUCAGACACUUUGGGAACAGGGACUCUCCAACAUGUGUACAAUUACGAGGUGUGCAGGACGACUGACUCCAGAAAGAGUGACUGUAAGUUCGGCAGAGGUGGAAGUCAGAACGUGCUGAUAAUGGACCCCAGUGCUACAGGGACGAUGCAGAGGAUACAGAGUGAAAAGAGCAUCCUGGAUGAACCAGACUCUCCUCUAGAGGUCAGUUAGGAUAAUAUAUCUUUCUUUCUUUCUUUUGUCCAUUCAUCUCUUUUCAUCUUUUUAAAUUGCAUUGAUGGAGAACAGCUGAAUACUGAACUGUCAUUUUCAGCACCAUGGACAGCAUCACAGUGGCUCAGUUCAUAAGAAUUGUCCUUCUGCAACCCCCCUUUGCAGUUUCAGCAGUAGUUUCCAACUCUAUUUCAUGCAAAAUAUGUUGAUAUUAAUGUAUUUUACUUUUCCAAAAUAUAAUAGUACAGCACAGCUAAACAGCCAACCUUUUUCAUUUAGUUAAUAUACUAUCUGCACAUGGAUUUCUCAGUUAAAGUUGUAGCAAGCAUCAGUCAUUAACAUAUUAGUACUUAUUGUAUAUUGCUUAUUCUGUAUUGCUUGAUUCAUCAGAAUCUCUCAUGGCAUGUUUUGAUCGCAUUUGCUGCACUACAUAAAGUUCAAACUACUUCCUACAUUUGUGCUGUUCACCACUACUUAACAUAAGAACAGUUACAUAUGACUGUAGAUUACAGGAGAGUGUUGUACCUAUAUUAUUAUUGCCUUUAUAUUACAACCUCAAAGUGAUUUAAUUGUUUUAAUGGAAGGGUCUGAUAGAGGGGUCAAUGAUGCAAUUUUGAAAUAAACGUGUUUACAUUUUUAUACUGGAUUGCUUGUGUAGAAUUUCCCUUUAGUUGGACUGUGUUUUAUGGUAAGUUGAUUCUUUUUUGGAGAUUAUAUAUUAUUUUAAUUUUAUUUUUGUAGUUCUCCUGCUUACUGUUUGCAGUCCUAAAAUAUGCUGUGUUGUAUGGGAUCACUAAU